AUGGAGCGCAGCGCUCCACUUCCUCCGCGAUGCGCCUCGACUGCGCACGAAAGCCGGUCCAGGCUACUACAUGUUGACCAUCAGCGCGUGCAGCAGAGGCAGGCAGUGGCAGCGGGCGCUGGCGCUGCUGAGCGAGAUGUGGGAGGCGCGCACGGAGCCAGACGACUCAUCAGCUACAACGCCGGGAUCAGCGCGUGCGAGAAGGGAGAGCAGUGGCAGCAUGCCCUAGCGCUGCUAAGCGAGAUGGGGGGAGCGAAAUUGAAGCCCGACGUCAUCAGCUACAACGCUGGGAUGAGCGCGUGCCGCAGAAGUGAGCAUUGGCAGCGGGCGCUGGCGCUGCUGAGCGAGAUGCGGACGGCGGAAGUGGAGCCCAGCGUCAUACGCUACAGUGUUGGGAUCAGCGCUUGCGAGAAAGGUCAGCAGUGGCAGCAGGCCCUGCUUCUGCUCAGGGAGAUGGUCGAGACGAAGUUGGAGCCUACUGUCAUCAGCUACAACGCUGGGAUCAGCGCGUGCCACAGGAGCAAUCAGUGGCAGCGGGCGCUGGCGCUGCUCAGCGAGAUGCGUAAGGCAGAAUCGGAGCCCGACUCAGCUACGGUGCUGGGAUCAGCGCGUGCGAGGACGGCGAGCAGUGGCGGAUGGCUUCUGCUCUGCUCAGCGAGAUGUGGGAGACAAAGUUGGAGCCCGACGAACCCCUAA